AUGUUGUUUUUAACAUAUUUAAUUACUACGGUAUUAAGUGUACCAUUAGUGAAAAAAGGAUUAAGUUUCGAUUAUAAUGAUAAUAAUGAAAAGAUUUAUGGUGUUAAUUUAGGAGGCUGGUUCGUGUUAGAACCUUAUAUUACUCCUUCAUUAUUCGAUGCCUUUGGUAAUAAUCCACCAGUUGAUGAAUAUAAUUAUUGCCAACAAUUGGGUAAAGACGAAGCAAAGAAAAGAUUAACAGACCAUUGGAAUACUUGGUAUACAGAAGAUGAUUUCAAGCAAAUUAGUGAUGCUGGAUUAAAUGCUGUUAGAAUUCCAAUUGGUUAUUGGGCUUUCAAAAUGUAUGACUAUGAUCCAUAUGUUAGUGGACAACAAAAAUACUUGGAUAAAGCUAUUGAAUGGUCAAGAAAACACAAUUUGAAAGUUUGGAUUGAUUUACAUGGAGCUCCAGGAAGUCAAAAUGGGUUCGAUAAUUCAGGUCAAAGAGAUCAAGUUGAAUUCCAAUCAAACCCUUAUAAUGUUGCUUUAACUAAUGAUGUUUUGCAAAUCAUUGCUGAUAAGUAUGCCAAUGGUUAUGAAGAUGUUAUCAUUGGUAUUGAAUUAUUAAAUGAACCUUUAGGUCCUGCAUUGAAUAUGGAUGAUUUAAAACAAUUUUUCGUUGAUAAUUAUUAUAUGAUUAGAAAUACUGGAUCAAUUCAACCGGUUGUUAUUCAUGACGCUUUCCAAGCUUCAGGUUAUUGGAACGAUUUCCUUGACACUUCUGGUGAUGUUUGGAAUGUGGUUGUUGAUCAUCAUCAUUAUCAAAUAUUCUCAGGUGGUGAAUUACAAAGAUCAUUAGAUGAUCAUAUUUCCUUUGCUUGUAACUUAGGUUCUGCUCAUACCCAAGAAUCUCAUUGGAAUGUUGUCGGUGAAUGGUCAGCUGCUUUAACCGAUUGUGCAAGAUGGUUAAAUGGAGUUGGUAGAGGUGCAAGAUGGUCAGGAGAUUAUGACAAUUGUCCUUACAUCAAUUCUUGUGAUCAAUUCACUGAAGUUGGUAAUUGGCCAGAUUGGCAAAAAGUUAAUACCAGAAAAUACAUCGAAGCUCAAUUAGAUGCUUAUGAAACCAGAAAUGGUUGGUUCUUCUGGAACUGGCAUUGUGAAAAUGCUAUCGAAUGGGAUAUGAGAGAAUUAAUUGAAAAUGAUUUAUUCCCUCAACCUCUUUCUGAUAGACAAUAUCCAAACCAAUGUAACUAUUAG